CCCAUUCACAUUUGUUUGUCUGCCGUUUGUUUAAUAACCGACAACAGUCAGUCAAAAAGGGUGUGAGCGUGAAGGUUGGCUAUGUCUGGCCCACACGAUAAUCGGAUUCUUACCUAUAUAUUUUGCUUGUAGUCGAAGGCGACAUCAAUUCGCGCUGACACGCUAAUAAGACAAAAUCGUACACAUACACACACACACACACGCGCGCGCACAUACACACAUAUACAUGUGUGUGUAUGUACACAGUAAUCACACAAAACACUUAAGUACGCGCAUACGCACGUACUUUUAUCUUUCUUGAGAUUUACGAGCAGGCACAUAGAAGGGUCUUCCUGCUCAAAGUACUUCCGUGUGUGCGUGGUGAAUCGAGCCAGUACUGUAAAACAAGCAUCAACGGCAGUUGACAUCCAGUAUAUCAGAUGUAUUUACCUCGAUGACAGUGACAAGAUCUUAAUACAAAAGAAUAAGGCGACGACAACGAACAAAAGACAAGCUGUACCGUGUUAUCACUAUUCACUCAUUGUCUGUGUAUACUACUGCCAGUUUAAUAGAAGGAUAAAUUACUAUAACGGAAUAUAUACGUAUAUCUAAAUAUACGUACACAAAAUACCUAUCUAUCUAUAUACGAAUUUGUCUUACCUGGAGAUUUGGAUUCAAAUGUACAGAUAAUCUACUGAAAACUGCAGGUUAUCCAUGAGUGAAUAGAAUAAAAUGACAUCAGAUAUUCAGAAACCAAAUUAACAGACAACUUGUAUUUAUAACUUGUAUAUAUAAUGUUCCAGAAAUUCACUCGGAAGUCUACGACUUUGAUUUAUUUAAAUAUUAAUCCAAAUAUACAUAUAUAACACACGUCCUUACACAACCACUCAUACACAUAGUCCCACAUACAUAUCCAUUUAAUCAUCUUUCAUAUACGCAAAUCAUUAUAUCAACCCUUCCCCACUUUACAUUAUUCCUAUACAAUCCAUAAUGCUGUAUCACCAUAUUUACGUGGUCAGUUUAUCAUAGAAUUUAAGUAAGUUUAAACAUGGAUGCUGGUCAUUUGUACAUGAUUAAAGAAGAAGCCUCAGAUCGUAACACUGAGAGUAGUCUUUUGGCCGCUGCUGCUGCCGUAAAGCAGCAGCAGAAAUUAAAUAGAAGUGGUGAAACACCACUCUAUUGCUCAACAGAAAGGAUUCUAAAAAACAACCCACACCAGAAAGUUGCACCCGACCAAAUUAGAGACGGCAUUCGACGCAUUACAGAAAAGUAUGACUCAUUAGGUAAAAUGUUGUCGCAGUGUGAUAAUACGAGAAAUAAUAUGAAAAAAACACCCAUGUCCGACGCAUCUUCCGAUAUUUCUGAUGUGCCGCCCUCGACAGCAAGCACAUCAAGCACAGGUGUUUCAGAAACUCUAUCAGAGCACGAUCUCCUUCAAGUUGAAAUGUUUUAUAAAAGUCACAAGACUGAAGUAUUUGUUUGCCACUGUCAAGCAAAUUUAUACUUCGGCUCUGUGCGCCAGUCAUCCGAAUGUGAUCAAUGGGAAUAUGCCAUGACAGGUAUACCGCUGUUAGUGCUAGACACUGGCGAACAUCACCGGAAAAGAAGACUACAUUUCAUUCUUGCUGAAAAAGGAACGGGUUUUGUGAUGUGGAAAGAUGUAAUAGAUCAUUUGACAAAAUAUAGCGCUCCAAGUUCGAGUUUCCACACCUUGCACAUCUCUAUCGACCAUACGAAAUUAGCGGGCCUCAGCUUUGAUGACACUGAGGCAGCGGCUCAGUUCUACGAAGUUUUACGACAGUUAACCUCUGACCCUAAUGACGACAUCCUUAACUUAAGCCGGUCGAAGAAAAACAAAAAGAAAGAACAGAAACCGAAAAAUAAGAAAUUCAAAGCUCCCAGAAAAACAGACAUAUCGCAGCCUUGUUGUUUCGUUCAUGUUACUAAACUGGAACGCACAGACAAUAGCGGGAAUGCCGCUUGUGCGUUCAAAAGUACGCUCCCAAGUGAAAUGAAACAUUCAAGUAGUUCUGAGCUGUCGGAAGACUCCGCUACUGAGCAGUAUAAGUAACUGUAUAAAUUAGUCCGAUUAAACAGUAAAAAUACAUAUUUUCAAGAAACAUAUUUUGAACAAACCAUAGCAGUUGGCAUAUAAAAACAAAUGGACGUUAAAAAAAAA